CAGCUUUCGCCGGAUCGGAUUAGUUCGUUUUUUUAUCGCGCCACCGAACCGAACCGGAUCCGGUCGGUCCGUACUAAUAAACUCCCCUCGCCGCUGCCCGUUUCUUUUCUUCUUCGUAACUGUAAACUCUUCUUCCGCCGCCUGUCGUCGCGAACGCGCCGCCCACCGGCCCUCAGUUCCGGCGCCGGCGAGAUCCGACGGGAGGACGACGCCGGCCAUCCUCCGACGCGUUCGAAGAGGCGGCGAUCGAUCGAAGGCGAAGCCGGCUCUGCUCGCGAGCUGGAAAGAAAAAGGAAGAAUGGUGAAAGCCGUGGUCGGAGAAGAGGCCCAGCUGAAAUCAACCGAGGACCGCCUGUCCAGCUCGUCGAUUCCCGCUCAGGUCGGCCUUGUGAUCGGCAAGCUUAGCUCGAGCCUGGACAGAGGCUUCGUUUUCAGCUUGAUCCCCACGCCGCCGAACGACGAGGGGCGGCCUGCCUGUUCCCUCGUCGAGCCGGUCAAAGAUGACAGGAGGAAGGGUGCGAAGCAAUCCAAGUCGCAGGGAUCUUCGGAUUCUUCGUCGGUGGUGAUAGACAAAGAUUGGGUCGCCGAGCAUGCACGUCAGGUGUCCAAAAUGCUUGUGGGUGGCAUUAGGGUGAUUGGCAUUUAUGUAUGGGCCAGUGAGAGUGCGUUCAAGAAUUCAACCGUAGAACUGUGCCAGACGAUAAAAGGAGUUGCAGGGGCAGCACCACCCCUCUUAGGGACUGAUACUGAGGAGAGACUGCUUAUACAUAUUUCUUACAGUCCAAGGAGGUGGACAUGCCGAAAUUAUGUAAUGGCAUCAAAUAUCACGUCUAGCAGCCUUAAGCCUUGUGAUUUCAAAAUGGGAAAAGUCUUAAGUUCUCUUCAGAAAUUUAGGUGUACUUACAACUUCAAUCUGAGAUUGCCCGUGAACUGUGAGAAGACAUUUGAUGCCCGGAAGCUUGGUGAUGUACUUCGUAGUGGAAUUUCAGUCAUUGCUAAAGAGCUAAGAAGUGCAAGGGCCAUAGUUGAUGGAAACCUGGUCACUGAUGAUGAACCAUGCACGUCAGAGGGUUUUCAUGAUGUUGAAUUACUUCUGCCUUUUAUGAAUGAUACAUGUUUAGAAGCAAGCAGCUUAGAAAAUGUUGUUGGCAUACUUCUCUUCAGUGGCUCAGUGUGUUCCUUUGCUUUCCUGAGUUCAAAAGAGUCAAUUUUGCAAGCUAUUGCUGAUAUCAAGGCAGAUAUUAUCACAAGUCUGCAAAGUAGACUAGACAUAAUCCUUGAUGAGGCAGAUGCAGAUCUAAGUCAGUCAGACAACAGUUGCAAGGAAUCUAGCCCAGAUAUACAAACGGAAAAUCUUAUUUCACAAGUUGACCUCCAGUCAUUGAGGAAACCAAGCGGUCUUUCAUUUCCCCGAAGAGUAUUUGCUCCUUGGUUGGCUGGAACAUUAAUCUGUGACUAUCUACAACCAUCAGAGACGCUUGAGGUUCUUAAGGAUCACUGUGCUGAGUUGAUGUCUAUGGAAGUUCUCAUAGAUUCUUCCAACAUACUAGAACCGGAAGGAGAAGCCCCUGCAGUCGUCGCCAAGGGUUUUUGGGAUGUAGCAGCACCAUUGCAUUCGGAUUCUAAAUCUCUCUCAGAAAAGCCUGGUGCUGACGCAAAGAGUGAGGGAAGUAGCCAGAAAUCUAACAAGCAAUCCAGUUUUAACGCUGUGGCAGCUAUUCUUGUGCUUCUCCUCUCUGUUCUACUGGGGUUUUUGUUCCUUUCGGCCAGAUCUUGAAAUUUUUUUAGCAAGAGUAUCUUCAAAUACAUGUUCACUGGAAGUUUCGCAGGUCUUCUAGUUUCUCUCACAUUGAGAUUAUCUUUGCUUUAUAUGUAGUUUUUUAGGAUCUGUGACCGAGUCAUUGCAAACGAGAGUGACGUGCUACUGGGUAUUAUACGCUUAUCCAAAAUAAUGGCUGGGAGAGGAGCAGUCAAUCAAGGUUCAAGUUCUACACGAACUUGAUUUAUAGUGGGUCGACAACAUAACGCUGCAUCACUUCACUUGGCUACAGGUUGAUCAGUUAAAGCUUCUUGGAAAAGCACUAUUGUUAUAUUCCUUUGUUGUCCUUAUAUAACGAAAUACGGUUUCUUUUCUGGUCAACUCUCUGGAAAUUCGGAACCUUCUACUUCGGCAGAAACAAGUGAAGCCUGCAAGAACAUGAAGCUGCUGUGCAAUGUCCAUGUAAUUCAUGAAUUUCAUGCCAACCCAAUAAGUUUUCUUGGUAGAAAUUCCUGAGGAAAGGACGGGAAAAAGAGAAAAUGACCGAGAAAACUGGAGAAUUUAUAGGACUCCAUCUCCACUUUUGUUAAUGCGGUCAUUCAUGAGUUGAGGAUUAUCGCCAUUCUGAAGGGUAUGUCCCUUUACUCGACGCUCGGACCAUGUUCUAUGGGCAAAUGUUUGAUUACAUUUAGCGUUCUAUCUUCUAUGCUUGAUUACGCUGUAUAGCAGUUAUGAAGGCGUUUUUUUGUGUA